GGGCGCCUGGAUAAGAAGACCCUGGACCUCCUGCCCCAGCUCCGCGUAGUGGUGGGCGGCGACCGGGCCAUGUUGCUGGUGUUACUGAGCUUGGCAGCAAUAUGCAGGAGCGCCCUGCCUCGAGAGCCGACUAUUCGGUGUGGCCCUGAGACAGGGCCAUCUCCAGAGUGGAUGGUCCAACACACACUCACCCCAGGAGACUUGAGGGACCUCCAAGUGGAACUCGUCAAGACAAGUGUGGCAACAGAGGAGUUUUCAAUUUUGAUGAACAUAAGCUGGAUACUCCGGGCAGACGCCAGCAUCCGCUUCUUGAAGGCCACCAAGAUCUGCGUGAGUGGCAAAAACAACAUGAACUUGUACAGCUGUGUGAGGUGCAACUACACAGAGGCCUUCCAAAGCCAGACCAGACCUUCCGGCGGCAAAUGGACAUUCUCCUAUGUUGGCUUUCCCGUGGAGCUGAGCACAGUCUACUUCAUUGGCGCCCAUAACAUCCCCAACGCCAACAUGAAUGAGGACAGCCCUUCUUUGUCUGUGACCUUCACCUCGCCAGGCUGCGUAAACCAUGUCAUGAAAUAUAAAAAGCAGUGCGUUGAGGCAGGAAGCCUGUGGGACCCAAACAUCACUGCUUGUAGAAAGAAUGAGAGUAUGGUUGAAGUGAAUUUUACAACCCAUCCCCUUGGAAACAGCUACAUGGUUCUCAUUCGACGGGACAGAAGGUUGGGGUCUUCUAAAGUGCAGGAGAAUAAACUGACGAGGACAUCUGUAGCCAUUUCGGUGGAUGAGGAGAGCGAAGGUGCCAUCGUUGAGCUGACCCCGUAUUUAUACACCUGCAACAGUGACUGCAUCCGACGCAAAGGGACAGUUGUGCUUUGCUCAGAGACAGGUGCUCCCUCCCCUCCUGAUGGCAACAGCUGGCUGCCUCUCCUCCUGGUGCUGCUGGUGGCUACGUGGGUCCUGGCAGUUGGCAUCUAUCUAACUUGGCGGCAAGGAAGGAGUACGAAGACGUCUUUUCCUGUUACCACCACGCUCCUGCCCCUCGUUAAGGUCCUGGUGGUUUAUCCAUCUGAGAUAUGUUUCCAUCACACAGUCUGUUCCUUCACCGACUUUCUUCAAAAUGACUGCAGAAGUGAGGUCAUCCUUGAAAAGUGGCAGAAAAAGAAAAUUGCCGAGAUGGGGCCGGUGCAGUGGCUUACCGCUCAGAAGCACGCGGCAGACAGAGUAGUCUUCCUUCUUCCCAGUGACGUCCCGACCCUUUGUGACAGUGCCUGUGGCCACAGUGAGGGCAGCACCAGGGAGAACUCUCAGGAGCUGUUCCCUCUUGCCUUUAACCUUUUUUGUAGCGAUUUCAGCAGCCAGACACAUCUGCACAAAUACCUGGUGGUCUAUCUCGGGGGAGCAGACCUCAAAGGCGACUAUAAUGCCCUGAGUGUCUGCCCCCAGUAUCAUCUCAUGAAGGACGCCACAGCGUUCCACACAGAACUUCUCAAGACUACGCAAAGCCUGUCGAUGAAGAAACGGUCACAAGCCUGCCAUGGUGGCUGUUCACCCUGGUAGCCCACCCAGGAGGAGAGAGAGCCCAAGCCUUCCUACUCAACCUUCCAGUGACAAACGCUUGGUGAUCACCCUGAAAUGUACUGUAUAGGCUUCUGGAGGUAGUGCUAGUACAAAACUUGCUUUCAACUGGAGUCUGCAGAGUCAGACCUUGAGCACACAUGCCCGAGGCGAGUCAUUAGCGGGCUUUACGAAGACAAUACCAUUACAGACAUUAAUGAGUGGAACCUAAAUUUGCAAAUAUACCCAAAGCCGGGUACUGAUUGUCACUGAGAACUAUACACACUGGCCAUGAGGUAACGAGGAAUUUCCUAGUCAGGUGUCUGGCCAUGCACUGCCCACGCUCUAUGCUGCAUGUGGACCGUUUAGUCCUGUGACAUUUUAACCUAUUAUGAAUAAUCUGUUUGGGAGGUACACACUAAUGCUGUAGCUUCCUAAGAGAAACCGCUUAUGACAAACACGAGCUGGACUACAGCUGACAAACAUUUUGCCUGACUAGAUGACGUAGUGGAUAUGUAAUCACUGUACUGUUUGUUGUUUGCACAGUGCUUUCCCUUGCCAAACUUUUGGACAGGUAACCUUUACUUUUUAUCUUAGACGUGCUAGGAAUUGAAGCCAGGAUAUUCUGCGCGCUAGUGGGACCCUGUUUCCGGUAGCUGACUGCUACAAUGUUUGUUCCUGAAAGCCUGGCAUGCUGGCACAUCCCUUUAAUCCCAGGGCUCUGAGGCAGAAGCAGAAGCAGGCAAAUCUCUUGAGUUCAAGGCCAGUCUGGUCUACACAGUUUCAGGACAGCAAGGGCUACAUAAUUGAGAAACCUUGUUUAAAAAACAACAAAAGCAAAAGUUUGUAAUUAAUCCUGUGAGUUAAAAACUGUAUUU